AUGUACUCAAGACGCUGCAAAGAAAACAUUCGCGGUUUUGACGACGAGAGAGGUUUGCCUUCAAACCUGUGUCAACAAGAUCUACGUGCAACUCAGGGCAAGUUGCAUCGUCAGCUGAAAUAUGAUAGUGAGAACGAAUGGACGAUAAGGAGUCUGAAAUGGGGCCAGAAGAACAAGAACAUGAGAGAAGCCUAUACUCUACUAAGGCGGCAUAGCGGCAAGAUGGAAGGCUUCAAAAUCGCUCCUUCUCCUUAUCGAUACCUUCUUCUCAACACCGACGAUCGCUCCGAUCGGAUUCCAGAAAAAUUCGUACGCUCAAUUAAACGUUUGAAUAGAAGAAAAUCUUCUGCAGCUCCAACACCAGUAGAAUGCAAAUACUUCACCUUUGGACAUGAAACUGGAUCGGUGAUAUCAUGCGAAGAACAGUUGAGCAUGGCCCCAGAAGUUGUUUUAGCACCAUCAACACGUCCCCUGGUCGGUCUUGAGUGCGCCAACGACGUAGUAACAUUCUCAUCAAGCGGGGCGAAGUUGCAACAUGUUGUGAAACUUGUAUCGGAAUUAGCUUCGUCUCACGCAGUGUUACUCCGCCCUGGCAAAUGUAAGCACACGAUCAUGCGCAGCAUACAUGCAUUCCUGUUGUUUGUUCCGUCAUGCGUUGGUUUACUCGGUAUCGGUCGCGAGCAGUCUGUAGCAGUUACCGGUCGACUCAUUUGUAAUGGAAUGCCCGCCUCCGGAGUCAAAGUGAAACUAUAUGACAAGGAGCUGACUGUGGACAGCAAAAUGGCUGAAAGCCAAACGAAUUACAACGGGAUAUUCAUGUUGUCGGGACGUAAACGAGAGAUCACAAAUAUUGAUCCUAAAGUGAACAUUUAUCACAAAUGUAAUUACAAUGGAUUCUGCUACAAAAAACUCGGCAUACGUAUUCCGUCGAAUUACAUAACGGAUGGCAGCUCACCGAGGAGCACCUACGAUAUCGGUACAAUCAAUCUGAACAACAAAUUCAGCGGCGAAUCUAUUGAUUGUAUUAAUUAG